AUGAGCUCUCGUCCACGUCGCUCGGCAGCCGCCAAGGCGAACGAAACGAUUUCCGUUCAUGCCAGAUUGGCUGACUCUCCAGAAAGAAGCGAAAGAAGCAUGUCGUCACGACGAUCUGGUCGCGCCUCAGGCGUGUCUGUCUCGAGAGACGACCAUUCCUCACCAGGAGGCGAUCGCCAUUUAAGUUUGACCGUAAAGCUUCCAUCCAACAAACUUCGACAAGCCACACGAGGAGACCGUGGCUUCGAGGGCGGUGAGAUUGUGUCGGGAAAACGAAAUCGCGGGGCCAAGAAGAGCUACGUUGUUGACUCAAGUCCUGACGAGGACGAGGAGGAAGAAGAGGAAGCAGAAAUCGAGGUGGAGGAAGAUGAUGACGAUGACAUGGAUGUUGAUGCUGAAGGUGACGUUGAAAUGGACUUAGCUCCUCCGACCAUCACCGUCUCCAAACCAGCCCGAUCAAAGCCGGCACCCAGGGCAUCAGCCGCCAAAAUCAUCCAGGAUGACGAUGAUGACGAUGACGAUGAGCUCAGUGAUCCGGCUGAUAGCGACAUGGGUGAUGAGACCAUGGGCUUUGGAGAUGAGACUAUGGCCGACGAUGGCGACGAGGACGCUGAAGGGGAAGAAAUCGAGGUUGCCGGCCCAGAAGUUGACGACGACGAGGAUGAGGAAGAUGACGAAGAAGAUGACGAGGGUGAAGGGGGCGAAGAUGACGAAGACGAAGACGACGAUGGCAACCCAGACGAGUCCAUUGACCUCACGAAGAUGACAAAGCGUCAACGAGCUCGUUUCGAAGACGAGAAGGAGCAUCAGUAUAUGAAGCUGUCCGAUGAGGUUCAAGCCAAGAAGGUUUUCACGGCCGAAGAGCUGUCUAUGCGCCGCCAAGAAAUGGCCCGGCGUCGACGCAACCUGAGUGAAAAGCGAAACGAGGAAGUAAAGAUGGAAACUAUCAACAAGCUGCUCAAGAAACAGGCCCCGAAGGUCAACCGCAAAGCCGCCGCUUCGGGCGAGGAAGCCAACAAGCCAGACCCAGUUUUCAUCCGAUGGGUCAGCAACAAGAGCGGCGUGCGGGUUGCAGUGACUGAAGAGAUGCUUGAUAGCCCGGCCGGUCAGGUUUUUGGUUCUCCAAAACUGCAACCCGGCAAAAUGGUACAAGAGGUUGCCUAA